AUGAGUCGGUUUUUUGUUCCAUCAGACUCUCCGUCUCCAAAUCAAACCUUAACCACCGAGUAUUUAUAUCCGCGAUCAAAUUAUACCCAAUUACCACAACAAAUAAACCAAUUACCAAUAUUACCUAAACCUCGAAGAAUAGUAAAGAAAAGAGAAAAUGGUGAAUUUUUAAAGUCUUCUUCUUAUGUUGAAUCCUCACAUUGUGUUAGUUCAUCAACAAAACCUAAACCAAAAAAUGAAUGGCUUCAACCAGUAAUCUCUAAAACCCCUCCAGAAAAAUUUUUAAUACACCAAAAUCGACGUGCAAUUUCUUCUUCAACUUCUCCAGAUGAAAUACAACAACAAAAUAAUACUGGACUAAAAUCUCAAACUACUUUCACUCAAUCUGAUGAUAUUCAGUCAGUCCUUCCAUUUUCUAAACAACCCAAACCAAACUCAACUUCUUCUUCUACAAUCGUUUUAGCAGCACCUCCUCCAAAAUUCUUUGCAUUACAAAAUAGAGGAAUACCAAAAAACGAACAAAAUUUAAUUGCUCCUGGUGUUUCUGUUAAUAAUCAAAAAUUACAAAAACCUCAAACUACUACUCCAUCGGUGGUUUUAUCUGGUGAAACUAAACAACAAAUCGCUAUGUUCAGUGAAAAAAAAAGAUUACAACGUGUUGGGUCUACUUUAAAUUUAGAUCGUAAAAGAAAAUAUAUUACUUGGAAAGCAAAAGAAGGAAAUUCUAUUAUCCAAAUGCCUCAACUUGUCUUUAAACAACCAAUACAAAAAAAAGAAGAAAUAAAACAAGAAGAAACUUAUCCAACUGAUUUAGAACCUUUAAAAGAUACUAAAAUUAAUGAUUUUUCUUUAAAAGUAUCAUCUCAAUCCAUUGCUGUAUUAAUAAUGGAAACUCAUUGCUAA